AUGCUCCUACUUCUACUCUCAUCCACUCUUCUUGCAUCCAACACGUACAUUCUGCUUGUUAGAAAUGGAACUGACAUCAGCAGAGACCUCACCUCUGCCGAUCGACUCCUCGAUGCCGUUGAAAUUGGCACGAAUGAGAUGCUCUACAACGUCUCCCUCUCGCCUGAGUCUCUCUCUCGCCUGAGAUCCAGGAAUGAGAUUGAGAUUGAGGAGGAUGCCGUGAUAUCAGUCCAGAAGAGCAGGACGAUUCAGCCGAAUCUGACCAAAUUCAGCCCACCCAAAUUCAGCCCCGUUUUCACUGGCCAAUUUCUGGUUCGGCUGAAUUCGCCCUGGUCUCUUGGCUUCCUGACCAAUUCCAGCUCAUUCGAGUACUUCUCGAAUAUCGGUAGAGGAGUUGCUGUCUUUGUUCUUGAUACUGGAAUUGAUACAACUCACCCUGAAUUCAGGAACAGUGGCCGUGUAGUAGAGAAUUGCGCUGAUUUCACUAAUAAAAAUAGUAGGAAGAAUCAGAAGAGAAAGAGGAGUAAAUCCCGUACCAAUGGGAACAAUGACGACAAUGGCCAUGGAACUCACAUUGCUGGCAUCAUCGGUGGAGUUGAAUCGGGCGUAGCCAAACACGCUGAUCUCCUUGGAGUCAAAAUCCUCGAUUCAAGUGGCAGGGGCAGAAUGUAUUCGAUGUAUCGAGGGAUCCACUACGCCGUAAACAGGGCCAGGAGGAGUGGGCUGACUCGUGUUGUGGUGAAUCUGAGCAUUGCUGGGGCCAAGAACGCCCAAAUCAACAAAUUGAUCAAUCGAAUGAGCAACAAGAAGAAUGUGGUCUUUGUGACGGCAACUUCGGCCAGAGCAGCUGCGCCUACACGCCUGGCUCGUCGCGAUGCUCCAUCACCGUAG